AUGGCUGAUCAGAUUGAGCUCAGCACUCCCCCGUUUGACGGCAUCUCCCAAGUCCGUUUCUCGCCUACAAGCCCGACAAAUCUGCUAGUCGCAUCCUGGGAUACUACAGUGCGACUUUACGAUGUCGAAACGAAUGAACAGAAAACUAAAUUCGACCAUCGAGCGGCUAUUCUUGCCUGUGCUUUCGCCGACGGCGAACGUGCGUUUAGCGGGGGAUUGGACACUUCUGUCCGGGAGCUGGAAUUUAACACGGAAAAGAUCAACAACCUGGGUCAACAUUCGGACACCAUCUCAAGCAUGAACUGGUCUAAAGAUUUCAGCUCGCUUAUUACGGGCUCAUGGGACCGAACUGUACGCUUCUGGGAUCCAAGGGCCGCGAAUGCACAGCAAUCGUCCGCUUCCCUGCCAGAGCGGAUCUACCACAUGGACCUUGUCAAUCACACUCUCGUCAUUGCGAUGGCCAGCCGCCUAUUCCACAUCUACGAUAUCAGGAAUAUGAACACCCCGACGCAGAGCCGCGAGAGCAGCUUGAAAUUCUUGACACGAGCGUUGGCAUGUAUGACGGACGGUCAGGGCUAUGCCACCGCUUCCGUGGAAGGGCGGAUUGCAGUUGAAUACUUUGAUCCCAGUCCCGAAGCGCAGGAGAAGAAGUACGCCUUCAAGUGUCACCGCCAGACUAUUGACGACGUCGAUCACGUAUGGCCCGUCAACUCCCUUGCAUUCCAUCCGGUAUACAACACUUUUGCUUCCGCCGGUUCCGACGGCACGGUGUCUAUCUGGGACCACAAGCUGAAGAAGCGUCUGCGUCAGUACCCGAAGUAUCACUCCGCAGUGCCUUCAAUCGCAUUCAACUGCGAUGGUACAAAGCUUGCAGUCGGUGUCAGCUACGCCUGGGAUGAGGGCGAAGAGGGAGCCAAGGCGGCAGAGAGGCCAAGUGUGUACAUCCGGAACGCAGGGGACGAGGUUAAGCCCAAGGGCUGGACGGGUAACUAGUCGUAUCACUGUAUCAUGCUUGUGUUCAUCGCGAUGCGUAUGAGGAUGUCUUUCCUCAGCUCUUCUCCUGGCCAUACGGUUGUGGUCUCCUUCGUUCUCCGAUGAGCUGGGCUGCGUGGCGCAUGAAUCUUCGUGGUGCAGCGCGUCAUCCCCGUUAUCCGAGGAGUUGUUCAUCCGCUAAU